ACUGCCUGACGGAUCACCUUCCGCUCCAACACAGCCAGUUCCUCCUUGCCGUGACUCAUGCCUAUUGUGCCAGGCAGGGCGCACUCUGCCCUGCAGCCCCACAGGUGGUGUCGACUUGGGGAGACGGUUCCCGCCAGGCUAGGCAGUGGAGCGCCGCACAACGCGCCUUCCCGCCUCCCAGCUGCUGCCCUAGCAGUUCCGACCCAGCGCCAGCAGGCCUGCUCGGUCGAUCUUCGAGCCGAAGAUGCGGCGGGGCUGGAAGAUGGCUCUGUCCGGGGGGCUACGGUGCUGCCGCCGGGUACUUUCCUGGGUGCCAGUGCUUGUUAUCGUCCUCGUCGUGCUCUGGUCCUACUAUGCCUACGUCUUUGAACUCUGCCUGGUGACUGUUUUGAGCCCAGCAGAAAAAGUAAUCUACCUCAUAUUCUACCAUGCCAUCUUCGUGUUCUUUACCUGGACCUACUGGAAGUCUAUUUUUACACUCCCACAGCAGCCAAGCCAGAAGUUCCACUUGUCCUAUACAGACAAGGAGCGCUAUGAAAAUGAAGAGAGACCUGAGGUCCAGAAGCAGAUGCUCGUUGAUAUGGCCAAGAAGCUACCAGUUUACACAAGAACUGGGAGUGGAGCUGUAAGAUUCUGUGACCGGUGCCAUUUGAUCAAGCCAGAUCGCUGCCACCACUGCUCUGUCUGUGCCAUGUGUGUAUUAAAGAUGGACCACCAUUGUCCUUGGGUUAAUAACUGCAUUGGAUUUUCCAACUACAAAUUCUUCCUUCAGUUCUUAGCUUAUUCUGUUCUCUACUGCCUGUAUAUUGCUACAACGGUCUUCAGCUAUUUCAUCAAAUACUGGAGAGGGGAAUUACCCAGUGUUCGCUCUAAGUUCCAUGUCCUUUUCCUCCUCUUUGUGGCCUGCAUGUUUUUUGUCAGCCUUGUGAUUCUCUUUGGUUACCAUUGUUGGCUUGUCAGCAGAAACAAAACCACCUUAGAGGCCUUCUGUACUCCUGUGUUUACAAGUGGCCCAGAGAAAAAUGGGUUCAACCUUGGCUUCAUCAAAAAUAUACAGCAGGUGUUUGGAGAUAACAAGAAGUUCUGGUUAAUACCUAUUGGGUCCAGCCCUGGUGAUGGACACUCCUUCCCUAUGAGGUCUAUGAAUGAGUCACAGAACCCAUUGCUAGCAAAUGAAGAGCCCUGGGAAGACAAUGAGGAUGACAACCGAGAUUAUCCGGAAGGAACAUCAUCUCUUGCUGUGGAAACAGAGACGUAGCACUUUUCACACUUCCUGCAUCUCUCAAAAAGGACACUUCCAUCUCCCAUGAGGCUUACAGAGUUCAAUGUUGGGAACCAUUCUAAUCUUCAAAAUAAGUCACCACGGCAGAUUGCAAGCUUCACAAUUUGAAAGCAUUCAUCAAAUACUUGCUGUGCAGAUCGAUGUUUCAGGACUUUUCAAGUUAUUUAAUUUAAUAACUGAACUCAACAAUCUGGUAGCAGUUAAUUCAAGCCAGUUGUUCCCUCACCACAUCUGUGAAAGCCUAAAUGUAACAUACAUAUCUUUCCAGAGGCUCUUCUUCAUUCUACUUGUCAGGUAAAGGGGUAUUCAGAAGACUUCCUUGGAGUCUCUACCUUCCCUAGAAAGACUGUUAAUCAUAUCUAUAGGGUCUUUGCUGUAUUGAGAGGAAUCAGAUUGCUCUUGCUGCUUGUGUACAUGUGCAUUUAUAAGCACGCAUAUGUGCAGCAUAUUUACAUAAAAUUCUGCUGUGGUGUUGUGAAAAUCAAGGCUUGAAAAAUCUGAAAUUUUUAUUCAAUCAUAUUUUCUUCCUAAAUAGCUAAUUUAAAUAUUUGCUAAGCUGUGAACACCUUCCCUAUAAGAGGUGCAUAAAAUUCAAGAGGGAGAUUCAAAACACUGUGAUCAAUGUCCUCGAAUUGGGAAUUGAACAACAAUGUAAAACCUGUUCUCUGUCAUAGAGGUAUGGUGUUCCUGAAAGCACCACAGCUAAUACAGGCGAUCAGAUUAGAUAAGAUUUCCACUUUAUUUAACAUAAUGAUUGGUGUUUUAAAGACUUUUAAUGCCAAGCUGUGGUAAAAUUCUCCAAUAACUUUUACUUUUUUCUCUGCUACCUAGCUUUAUUUUAACCUUUAUGAAACAAGAACUAUAAGCCUAAGUUAUGGACCAUUGGUUUUGUUAAGGGGUUUAAGGGUGACUUUCAUGUUUAAUUACAAUACUGUUAAUAAGGUAAAGUUUCACAGUUGAAAUUAGCCUAAGGAUUAGCACUAAAGAUGUGUGUUUUCACAACAGGGAUUAGUGUACAGAUAGUGGAAACCGAAUAGUAAUAUGUCAAUUCUUUCUCUUUCUCUCUCUCUCUCUUUUCUAGUUUCAAUAGUAGUGUAGCCAUUAAGAUAGUUUACAUCCAUUUCCCAAUUUAUUUAUAAUAAGCCUUUCUUUUAGUCCUAGUGCCUGAAUGAGUAUGGACACUAAUGCUGCUUCUCUAUAAUAAUAAUAAUAACACCUAAGGGUAUUGACGUUUUUCAUUUCUGUCAGUGCUCUAGAACCCAGCUGCUAACAAUAGAAGUCCCAACUCUUACAUAAAUUAGUGAAAGUUAGAGACAUCUUAUUGAUAGCAAGUUAUUGAGCUCCUAGAGGGAUGCUAUGUUUGUGAAACUAUUCCCCCUGAAACUUUUUGAGUAAAAAAGAGUGGUCUGCCACAAACAAUUCAGUGUUCAGGCCCCAGUGGAGCUGUGAAUGUGAGCAAUCUAGCUACUUAAAGCAAUGAAAGGCCUGUUCAUUUGGAUCCUGUAGGUAAUUUUGGUCAAGGUAAGACUUUCAGCAUAAAUUAAAUGGAUUGUAGUCAGCAUUCCAUUUGAGGGAAUACUAGACAUGACUAAAUCUAUUAGGGCCAGGGACUGUUUCUCAAACUCAGAUGCUGAGAAGCAGCCUAGUAGACUAUGCACAGAGUUUCAUGAUGAAAUCAUGUAUGUUCAGAUGGGAAGAUUUUUCCCCUUCCUCUUUCCCUUCAAAACACUCUCUUGCUUGGGUUUAUCUUGAAAGCUUAUUUGAUCAUCCAUAUGGUCUUAUGUUUGCCAAGCCUUGCCUUAUAUUCAUAUAGAAAUGCACCUCUCCUAAAGGUAGGGCCAUUGCCUACACCACAGCCAGUAGGCCUCAAAGCAAUCCUUCCCUUUCCCAUCCAUCAUCUUCUGCCUAGGAUUUAGGCAGAGUAGCUGCUAACUAUGAUUCAAAGUCAGGAAGGAAUCAAGAACUUGUUUGAUGAAUAGAGUGUAUUAGCACUCAGGACUCAUAGAAAUCAGGUGAUAAAAGACAGUGUCAGGAAACUACAAAGAAGCACUGGAAGGGUAAAGCUCAGGAAAGCUAUAAUGCAAAGAUGAUUAUUUAAUGUCUUACAGACUUAAACUGUCUUCAAAAGGCCAAAUAAAUCUGGGUUUUACCUGGGGGCUUAGGGAAAUAAAGAAACCCUAUUCCUAUCUCUGAACCCUGAUUCCACUAGUUUACAGACUCUGAUACAACCUCAUUAUAGAUCAUUGAGUAUUGACUUCUGUACCUAAACACCUCCCCAAUUGGUUGACUACUUAUAAAGAAGACAGAGAGGUUUGUUUGAUAAUUAGCAUACCCUGAUCUGGCUCCUUUGCUUGCUUUUCAUUGGGGUCAUGUUCAGUAACCUUUGUGGGAUCUCAUUUCCCAAUCUUUGGUACCUAUCUUUUCCAUUUGCAAAACAAAGACACUCAUUGUUAGGAUCCUACGGGUGAAAGGUGCUAUGUAACUCCCCAGUGCUCUUAUAUAUCCUUCAAUGCAGGACUGGAAUGAAAAGUAUAACCAGACAGUAUUUCUAAACAAAUCAGUGUGCUCCUUUCUUUCUUUCAUGCUCUCAUUGCUGAUUUGUUCUUGCAGAGCUUUGAGUACUUUAUUAAUGUUCCCUCUUUCAUUCCAACAAUGUCCUUGGAAAGAGGCAGAAUAGAAUUAUUUUCCCCAUGUACAACCCAAAAAAUUGAGGGCAGUGAAAGAAAUGAAAUGCUCUCCAAAUGCACAUAGCUGUCUGGGACAGAACUCAGUUGCCGUGUCCAGUGCGCUGCUAGAGUGACUUGUCUUCCUAGUACUGGAAUAACCACAAAGAGGCUUAGAACACUGACAGCAAUUAGGGUGAAACCACAUUGCAGAAGAGUCCUACACUGUCCAGAAUCUGAAAAUAUGCAAUUUAUACAUUUCUUAUUUUGUAUGUGAUAGAAAUGUAAUAUGUACCUCUUUCCCUCUCUGGCCCCAUGUAACACAUAUAUUUCAAACUAUGUAGCAUCAGCCAGUGCCAUUAUGUCUUCUGGCUCCCAUAGAGCCCACUCCCAGGGCUAUCUUUGCCAGAGAAAAGAAUGUGCUUCCCCAUGUUUAUGCCAAAUUAUAUGAAGUGUAGACACUGAGGUUAAUGGAGAUAUAAGCACAAUCCUAGCAGGUAUGUUUUAAGAAUAUUGAAUAUACAUUAUUGUAAUGUGCAUCUGAAAUUGAACAUGGCCCAAAUUCAUAGGAAUGUAACAGUCAUGCAAAGCCUACCCCUUUCACCUCUCAUUUUAUACACACACUACCCCCCAAAGCAGGCUGCCUGGUUAUCAGGAGCAAAAAAUUUAAAGGAAUGAGUUUCUGUCCUCUCCUUUUAGAAAAAUGUCCUACAGUCACUGCAAGUGAAAAACUUUCAAUUCUUACAUUCUAGAACUUCUGUUCUCAGAGUAGCUAAAGUAUUCAGUUGGUGCAAAAGACAUGUUCUGUGCUUCUGUCAGGGUCACAGAAGUUAUGUGAGAAGAUUGUUAGACCUUUCCACAAGUCUAAUGUUCUUAGAAAAUUCAUGAAUUCCAUCCAAUCAGUGGGAAAUGGUUUAUGAGGUAUGAUACGUCUGCAUUUCUUUAACCGUAGCUGUAAUGUACCAUAUUAAAUUAUAGUCUUUUGCAUGCAAGUAUUAUGUAAUAUAAUAAUGAACAGAUGGCUCCUAAUAGCAUGCAAUCCAUGACUGUUUACUUCCCCAAAAGGGCUAGGGCUGUGUCCCCCACAGUGUUCAAAAUUAUUAAAUGUAUUCUUUGUAGCAGCCUGGUAUUUGGCCAUCAGCAGAUUGAGUUAGACAAUGAAUGCAAUAUAUCAGGAAAUAGAUUCUUAAUUAGGGAAUGGUGUUAAAGUGAAAAAAUAAGAUAAGAUGCAUUUAAGGAAUAAUGGCUGUCAUCUCGCUGGCUAAAUCAGUAAAGGAACGCAACAGGAAAGCUGGUACUGGGUCUUGGUAAUAUACAAAAUGCAUUGGAGAGCCAGAAAAAGAAAAGCACUGGGGACCUUAGUAGUUAAGCGCAAGUUGCCAACUUGCUACAAAUCCUUUUUUUGACCAAUCUGCUCAUAUUGUAUAUAGUAUUCUUAAAACCAUGUGUCUUGCUACAAAAAUACUCAUAAAUACUGACCAGCUUUAUCUUCCUAUGUCUUUUAUUAAAAGCAUAUGCAUAAAAUUGUCAUUUCUUUUAUAUAUUAUGGUAAUGUUAAUGUUGGCAAAGCCUAAAAUUUCAGACAACUUUGAUGGAACUUUCUAUACGUCUUAUUCAUGGGUUUAUAGUGGAGUUAAUUCACUCCCAGGUUGAUUGGUAUGUAUGGUAUGUAUACUCUUCUGUAACAUCUUCCAGACACCCGCGCCAUCCCCAUGCUCAGUAUUUCUCUCUUAUGAUCCUACGUGGAUAUGAGUUGGGAAAUUAGCAGCAAUGGCUUUUAGAACAGUGACUAGUCUAAUGUCACUUAAUUAUGUUCAGUCACUGCUCAGCCUCACACACAUUUAUCUUUCCCUCUGUUAUUGUGGUAAGUAAAAAGAAAAAGAAAGAAUUUGUGUGCCUAAAGGUGAUAUGAACUCUGGUUUGCUUUUUCUUGCACUGAAAACUAUGUUUAUUAUUCUCCAGAUGCAUGUCACCUGAAGAAAGAAUACAAUGAUCCUGAGAAAAGAUUAAAGUGGUCCACUUGCUCCUAAGUUAUACAUAACCUUCAGAGAAAUAUUUGGAGUGACCCUUAUUAAGUAAGCCUCAAAUAAGUUUCCCUUUAACAGAUGUUCCAUUUACACAAAAAAAUCCUUUUCAGACAGAAUUAGUCAACAAGAAAGCAGAAGUCACUGAAUGUGUAGGGCACUGAAAGCUGAAGUUUGGAACAAUAAUUGCUGACCAUGACUAAAUGAUAAUGGAAAACUUAAAUCACUUCGGGGAGGCCCAACCCAUAGAGGUCAGACUUAAACCAGAAAGAAGUAUUUUAUUCCAGCUAAGCUUAAUUAAAAAUUACUUACUCAAAACAUCUCAGCUGAAAAUCCCAUUUCAUUUAUUCCAAUGCAUAAGCUACCAACAGCUUUAGUCUGCACCACAAGCACAAUAUAAAAAAUUCAAAUACUAGAAACAAAGGACAACUAAUUUCUAUCUAGAUUGAGAAAAAGGCAUAAAAGAGUAGACUUUUAUACAAGAAUCUUAUUUAGGUAGAGGUUACUAAGGAAAGUCAAGGUAUAGACAUUUAAA